AUGAGUGCGAUGGUUCUGCGCCUAAAAAAGGCGGGCAUCAACACGGAAGUCUUGCAGGUGCUUCCCACCCCCUCCAACCCUCGUUCCCCCUCUCCUGCUUGCUUCCCACCCCCUCCAACCCUCGUUCCCCCUCUCCUGCUUGCUUCCCACCCCCUCCAACCCUCGUUCCCCCUCUCCUGCUUGCUUCCCACCCCCUCCAACCCUCGUUCCCCCUCUCCUGCUUCCUUCCCACCCCCUCCAACCCUCGUUCCCCCUCUCCUGCUUGCUUCCCACCCCCUCCAACCCUCGUUCCCCCUCUCCUGCUUGCUUCCCACCCCCUCCAACCCUCGUUCCCCCUCUCCUGCUUGCUUCCCACCCCCUCCAACCCUCGUUCCCCCUCUCCUGCUUGCUUCCCACCCCCUCCAACCCUCGUUCCCCCUCUCCUGCUUGCUUCCCACCCCCUCCAACCCUCGUUCCCCCUCUCCUGCUUCCUUCCCACCCCCUCCAACCCUCGUUCCCCCUCUCCUGCUUGCUUCCCACCCCCUCCAACCGUCGUUCCCCCUCUCCUGCUUGCUUCCCACCCCCUCCAACCCUCGUUCCCCCUCUCCUGCUUGCUUCCCACCCCCUCCAACCCUCGUUCCCCCUCUCCUGCUUGCUUCCCACCCCCUCCAACCCUCGUUCCCCCUCUCCUGCUUGCUUCCCACCCCCUCCAACCCUCGUUCCCCCUCUCCUGCUUGCUUCCCACCCCCUCCAACCCUCGUUCCCCCUCUCCUGCUUGCUUCCCACCCCCUCCAACCCUCGUUCCCCCUCUCCUGCUUCCUUCCCACCCCCUCCAACCCUCGUUCCCCCUCUCCUGCUUGCUUCCCACCCCCUCCAACCCUCGUUCCCCCUCUCCUGCUUCCUUCCCACCCCCUCCAACCCUCGUUCCCCCUCUCCUGCUUGCUUCCCACCCCCUCCAACCCUCGUUCCCCCUCUCCUGCUUGCUUCCCACCCCCUCCAACCCUCGUUCCCCCUCUCCUGCUUGCUUCCCACCCCCUCCAACCCUCGUUCCCCCUCUCCUGCUUGCUUCCCACCCCCUCCAACCCUCGUUCCCCCUCUCCUGCUUGCUUCCCACCCCCUCCAACCCUCGUUCCCCCUCUCCUGCUUGCUUCCCUCCCCCUCCAACCCUCGUUCCCCCUCUCCUGCUUCCUUCCGACCCCCUCCAACCCUCGUUCCCCCUCUCCUGCUUGCUUCCCACCCCCUCCAACCCUCGUUCCCCCUCUCCUGCUUGCUUCCCACCCCCUCCAACCCUCGUUCCCCCUCUCCUGCUUGCUUCCCACCCCCUCCAACCCUCGUUCCCCCUCUCCUGCUUGCUUCCCACCCCCUCCAACCCUCGUUCCCCCUCUCCUGCUUGCUUCCCACCCCCUCCAACCCUCGUUCCCCCUCUCCUGCUUACUUCCCACCCCCUCCAACCCUCGUUCCCCCUCUCCUGCUUGCUUCCCACCCCCUCCAACCCUCGUUCCCCCUCUCCUGCUUGCUUCCCACCCCCUCCAACCCUCGUUCCCCCUCUCCUGCUUGCUUCCCACCCCCUCCAACCCUCGUUCCCCCUCUCCUGCUUGCUUCCCACCCCCUCCAACCCUCGUUCCCCCUCUCCUGCUUGCUUCCCACCCCCUCCAACCCUCGUUCCCCCUCUCCUGCUUGCUUCCCACCCCCUCCAACCCUCGUUCCCCCUCUCCUGCUUGCUUCCCACCCCCUCCAACCCUCGUUCCCCCUCUCCUGCUUGCUUCCCACCCCCUCCAACCCUCGUUCCCCCUCUCCUGCUUGCUUCCCACCCCCUCCAACCCUCGUUCCCCCUCUCCUGCUUGCUUCCCACCCCCUCCAACCCUCGUUCCCCCUCUCCUGCUUGCUUCCCACCCCCUCCAACCCUCGUUCCCCCUCUCCUGCUUGCUUCCCACCCCCUCCAACCCUCGUUCCCCCUCUCCUGCUUGCUUCCCACCCCCUCCAACCCUCGUUCCCCCUCUCCUGCUUGCUUCCCACCCCCUCCAACCCUCGUUCCCCCUCUCCUGCUUGCUUCCCACCCCCUCCAACCCUCGUUCCCCCUCUCCUGCUUGCUUCCCACCCCCUCCAACCCUCGUCCCCCCUCUCCUGCUUGCUUCCCACCCCCUCCAACACUCGUCCCCCCUCUCCUGCUUGCUUCCCACCCCCUCCAACCCUCGUCCCCCCUCUCCUGCUUGCUUGCCACCCCCUCCAACCCUCGUAAACCCUCUCCUGCUUCCUUCCCACCCCCUCCAACCCUCGUUCCCCCUCUCCUGCUUGCUUCCCACCCCCUCCAACCCUCGUUCCCCCUCUCCUGCUUGCUUCCCACCCCCUCCAACCCUCGUUCCCCCUCUCCUGCUUGCUUCCCACCCCCUCCAACCCUCGUCCCCCCUCUCCUGCUUGCUUUCCACCCCCUCCAACCCUCGUUCCAUCUCUCCUGCUUGCUUGCCACCCCCUCCAACCCUCGUUCCCCCUCUCCUGCUUGCUUCCCACCCCCUCCAACCCUCGUUCCACCUCUCCUGCUUGCUUGCCACCCCCUCCAACCCUCGUCCCCCCUCUCCUGCUUGCUUGCCACCCCCUCCAACCCUCGUCCCCCCUCUCCUGCUUGCUUUCCACCCCCUCCAACCCUCGUUCCCCCUCUCCUGCUUGCUUCCCACCCCCUCCAACCCUCGUCCCCCCUCUCCUGCUUGCUUCCCACCCCCUCCAACCCUCGUCCCCCCUCUCCUGCUUGCUUCCCACCCCCUCCAACCCUCGUUCCCCCUCUCCUGCUUGCUUCCCACCCCCUCCAACCCUCGUUCCCCCUCUCCUGCUUGCUUUCCACCGCCUCCAACCCUCGUUCCCCCUCUCCUGCUUGCUUGCCACCCCCUCCAACCCUCGUUCCCCCUCUCCUGCUUGCUUCGCACCCCCUCCAACCCUCGUUCCCCCUCUCCUGCUUGCUUGCCACCCCCUCCAACCCUCGUUCCCCCUCUCCUGUUUGCUUUCCACCCCCUCCAACCCUCGUUCCCCCUCUCCUGCUUGCUUGCCACCCCCUCCAACCCUCGUUCCCCCUCUCCUGCUUGCUUCCCACCCCCUCCAACCCUCGUUCCCCCUCUCCUGCUUGCUUCCCACCCCCUCCAACCCUCGUUCCCCCUCUCCUGCUUGCUUCCCACCCCCUCCAACCCCGUUCCCCCUCUCCUGCUUGCUUCCCACCCCCUCCAACCCUCGUUCCCCCUCUCCUGCUUGCUUCCCACCCCCUCCAACCCUCGUUCCCCCUCUCCAGUUUCCUUCCCACCCCCUCCCAACCCUCGUGCACACAGCACUUGCGAUUCCGCCACACGACAAGAUGGAAUGGACGUCACGGGGGCAGUUUGUCAAGGCUAG